UAGUUGGCCACUUGUCAACAUGAUUAUAGCUAUAUAUAUAAGGAUGAUCGUUUUCAUUCAUUAUUAAAUUGGAUCGUUCUAAGCACACAGGUCAGUGCUAAUCAGCGAGAAGCAACUCUUUAUUAGACAGACGAUCGCUACCGUAAGAAAUUUCAUCAUGCUUUACCAAACCAUUAUAGUUUUCUGCCUGAUGUCGGUCUCAGCCUUUAGUAUGUCGAUGAAACGUUGCAAAGGAAAAGCAGUAAAUAUUAUGCUUGUAAUGGAUUCUUCCAGUAGUAUUUGGAUAGAAGAUUAUAAAAAACAGCUACAAUUUGCUCGUGAAUUGGUCGACAAUUUCGAUAUCGGUCAAACCAACUCUCAUGUACGUGUUGGUGCUAUAACAUUUAGUCGUACGGCUCAUUUAGAUAUACCUUUGGGAAGAUAUGCGAGCAAAAAGAAAUUACAGAAAGCUAUUAUAAAAAUCCCUUAUAGAACCGGAGAAACCAACACUGCAGAAGCUCUGCGUCUCCUAAGAACAGAAAUUGAACCAAAGAUGAAAGUCUUCACAGCUCCAUUUAUGGUAAUAGUCAUCACAGAUGGGAAAUCACGUGAUAGCUGGUCUACUCGAUACGAAGCCCAUUUGCUUCAUAAACUCGGUGUACAUAUUUAUGCUAUUGGUGUCGGUUUGUAUUAUGACUUAAGGGAGUUGAAGUCCAUCGCUAGUGAUCCUGUCAGAAAUAUCCGGUUAGUGUCAAGUUACUCGGCAUUGGAGAAUAUUGCAAAACAAUUUGGUGUAAAAACAUGUGAAGAUAUUACAACUCCGCCACCAACUACAACAACUACGACUCCGAAACCGACAACAACGACUACGACUCCGAAACCGACAACGACUACUACGACUCCGAAACCGACAACGACGACUACGACUCCGAAACCAACGACAACAAAAAUUCCACGUCUGCAAAGAGAUGACCAGAGCGCUAUAUCUUUUGGAUAUGAUCUUUUAUUAAUGGGAGCCUAUCGAGCCAAUAUGAUCACGAGGUUCAUCAAUACCCUUCUUCCGUACACUGAUUAUGGCAACUUUGCAGUUGUUACCUAUGCCCAUUGUCCUACAAGCUACGAUGUUCCAUUCACAUCAUUGUUAAAUAAAUCGGAAGCAGAUAUAAGCCAUAGUAUCAAAUUAAAUGUUCCUGGAUUGGCAGAUGUUGUGCACCAGAUUGGAAACGAACUAUACAAAGAAAGUAAUAUCAACAAAAGUAAAACUGCUGUUUUAUUUAUUGAUCCAUUGGUAUCAGUUAUAAAACCUGAUGUAGUUAGUGAAACUAAAAAACUUAAACAGAAUGGGGCAAAAGUAUUUCUAAUAAGCGUCGGACGUAAAGAAUGGCGAAACAUACAACUUGUGCGCUCUUUGAGCAGUCAACCGUAUCAUAGGUACAUUUACAAUGCACCAAAUUACAACCGAUUAGUACAGAGAGCUGAAUAUCGACCUUUCCAAUACAGAAAAAUGUGUAAAAGCAAUAGGUUAUAGUCUUAUUUCGUAACGACUGCAGGAUCAGUCAAGAGAACUUCUUCCAUUUACUUUAUUUUAGUAAAUUAUUGCUUAUGUAAAUAUACAAUUUAUAUUUAAAACAUGAUUUCUUCAUCGGCACCUGCACCUACAUCUUCGUAAACAUUUUUGUCAUCAUUCAUUCUUCUUAUAUUCCUUUUUAUGACAUUGUCUGACGAGUAUUGCAGAGAAACUAACUUCUUUCAGGAAAUGUAUUAAUUCUAAUUAACUGAAAUGAAUAAUUUUCGGUUGUUCUUCACGAGGACACCUAAUCUGUUGCUGGCAGCAGUUCUUUUCCAAGUCUUUUCGAGCCAUAAUGUAAAAAUAUAUACGAAUUUUGCUUCAUUAUGAAAGAUAGGUAAGUUAUCUGCAAUCUGAGUUCGCAACAUGUAUAAACGUCGAUUUUGAUACAAACAACGCAUAGUCUCAUUUGUCAUCCAUUAUAAAUAUCUGUACUUAUAUCUAUGUAAGAAAUUUUUAUAUAUAUUGAAAUAAAUUCUAUAUUUAUUAUUACAUAAUA